AUGCAAUGUUCUGUAUGUCUUAGUGAAAGAAAACGAUUAUAUUGUGGCAAUUGUAUGAACACAAGUCCCAACUUGUUAUUGAAAUUACAUUUAAAGCUGAUAUUAUUGAAGCAACAGAAUGCAAGGAUUAAAGAUAAAGUCAAUGAGGUUUUAAAUUUUGCAACUAAUGAAACGAGCAAUUCACAUGAUAUGAAAAUUGAUGGAGAGAAUGAACUUCAAGCUGGGCUUAUCUUGCGUGACAAAUUGAAGAAAUUACAACACUUCAAGGAGCAGAAAAGAAAUAAUAGGAUUAAAUUUAGGAUUGAACAAAUGAAUAAAAGAUUGGAUGAUAAGAGAACGAAAAUAGCUGAAUUACAAGUAGAAUUGAAAAAUUCAUAUAGUAUGGCAUCUACGAUAAACAUAGAUACACAUAUUGAUGCCGCUUUAUUACAUGAGAGGGAUGAGUUGAAAAGGGAAUUGACACAAUUGGAAAAGUUGGUGGAAACUAAGCGUAUUAGUCAAAUUAAUCAAUUGACGGAUUGGUUCAUGAUCAAGAAGAGAAGUGACACUCAUUUGGUACCUUAUUCCAUUUCCUUCGAACCAAUAAUUUCAAUGAAGAGUUUCCAUAAGAUACCGAGAAUGGUAGCAAUUGAUUCAAUUGCUAAAAUGUCUCACUAUAUUGGAAUAUUAUCAAAACUCAUAAAUUCGAAGUUACCUUUUGAUGAAUCUAUCUUCCAAUCAUCGUUACUAACUGAUUAUCAAGAAGAAUCCAUAGAUAUAGUAGAAAAACAAACGAAGCUACUCAUAAACGUUCUAGAAACUUGCCGACAGCUCCACUUAAUGUCCUCAAACAAUGAAAAGAGGAAUGACUUUUAUGGCCAGCUAAACUUAAAUUGGUUAUUAGACCAGUAUGAUACGGACUCGUUAUUUUAUAACAUGGCAACAAGACAACAGAUCACGAUCCAAAGACCAAGUGAUUCAUCGACGCCGCCACCGCCUGUACCAGUACAACAACAUCGUCCUCCAGCGUCAUCUUGCAAAACAGUAUAUAGACAUGCUCCCAAACAUGGCCAAUUAUAUAAUGCUGAUGAUAGCAACCAGUGGACAUUUACAAAAAUAUAUGAUAUUGUUGCAGAGAUGUUGAACUUGAGUCUCUAUGAGGGGGACAGUUAUACCAAGACUAGAAAGGGCAAGAAUAACAAGCACGUUGAGAACGCGCUUGGCACUAAAUGCAACAACAAUCACAAGACAGGAAAGAAUGAAAGCCAUGAUCGAUGGUUCGUCGUUGGAUAA